UAUCCAUUUAAUUAAACAUGACCAGGAAUCGCUGGGCACAGCCGACUUCUCUACAGACAAGCGCAGCUUCUCUGGCCAACAGGCUCUAGAAUCAGAAAUAAGAUGGUUUCAGAAGAUUUUUACAGAAUUUUUUAUUCUAUUUUCCUGCAAACAUUUGGAUCCUUUCCUGGAGUUUACAGUUUAUUUUGAGUGACUAUUUUUUCCCCCCACUAUUUUCAAUUUGUAGGAUGCAAGGUUAUGUAUUUGUCUGGCUUUUGUUCUGCUCUAAGUAUCCGUUUGUUUUCCACUUUUUCUUAUUUAUACUUGGAGUCCGGUAGAAGUCGUCAACUUCAGUCGUAGCCACUUUCAGAGUUCAGUUGAGGACUUUGGAUCUGCGGUUGGAAGCCACUCCACUUUUCCACCACUGCUGCCCCUCUCCACCUUUUCUCCCCCAAGCCCGAGGCUGCACCUCCUCCUCCUCCUCCCGACAGGCGAAACCAGAUAUUCCAGUGCCUGGAUGACGGAGAAAAGUUUUUCCAGGCCUACCCGAUGGCUGGCUCAUUUCACCAUCCUGCCUGGAGCGAGAUGACAAAUGGAGGCGGGCACCCCCACUUCAGCAAUGGAGGCCGGGGUGGGGGAUCCCAAAGCACUACGCGCUACAUGCUGAAGAAACAGCAGCGCCACAGACGCAGGUCCUCCUCUCCCAUGGGCAGGGUCAUUCUCAUCAAUGCACCUGUAGAUGGAGGAGACGACAGUGAAGAUAUUCACACAGUGACAGUCAAUAAGAGCCCAGAUGGGCGACUUGGCUUUAGUGUCCGUGGGGGAUCCGAACAUGGACUUGGUAUAUUUGUCAGUAAGGUGGAGGAUGACAGCACAGCAGCACAGGCUGGGCUCACAGUGGGGGAUAAGGUGGUGGAGGUGAACGGAGUCAGCCUGGAGAGCAUCACCAUGAGCAGCGCUGUGAAGGUCCUGACAGGAAACAACAGGCUGAGGAUGGUGGUGAGGCGUGUAGGAAAGAUCCCCGGCAUCCGCUACUCCAAGGAGAAGACCACAUGGGUGGAUCUAAUUCACAGAAGGAUGGUGGUGGAGGAGAACGGUCGUACGCCGUCAGAGGCCAGCUCAGACAGCGCUCUCCGCCGGAUUGUACAUCUCUUCACUACAUCUGACGACUACUGUCUGGGUUUCAACAUCAGAGGCGGCAAAGAGUUUGGACUUGGCAUUUAUGUCUCAAAAAUGGACCCAGGUGGGCUUGCAGAACAGCACGGCAUCAAAAUGGGAGAUCAAAUCCUUGCAGCAAAUGGGGUGAGCUUUGAGGACAUCACCCACAGCAAUGCAGUGGAGGUCCUGAAGAGCCACACUCACGUCAUGUUAACCAUCAGGGAAGUUGGAAGAUAUCCCGCAUACAAGGAAAUGGUGGCAGAGUAUGGCUGGCUUGAUAAAUUAGCCAAUGGCGGCCCUGCACUGUCCUCUCAGGGUUCAGACUCCAACUCCUCUGUGUCCUCGCUAUCCUCCAGCACGCCUGUCAGCUCCCUCAGUGGUCUGUCUCAGGUCCUUUUCCCCCCGGUUUUUCGCUCAGAGAUGGUGGACGUGGCCAUCUGCACAGAGGAUCGCUCCCGACGUCAAAGCAGCGCAGAGCGGACAGCAGACAGUGCCAUUCAGACUGACCCCCCAGCAGCAGACUUCAUGGACCAUUCUCCUCCUAACAGGCUGGACCCUGACCGGCUGGUCGGCACAGAAACCAGUCGGACUGUAGGGGAAACUAUGCUGCUGAAGGACACAGUCAUACGCGGGAAAGGUGAGGGGCCGAGGGACAUGGGAGAGGUCAAAGAGUUGGGACGGGGCCGAGUGAGGACACCGUCCGCCGGGGAGAGGGACGCUGAAAAACAGUCGCCUAAAACAGAAGCACUGAUGGCCCUGAGCAAACCACGAAAGCCAAUCCAACGUUCCCAGAGCCACAUUACUGUGUCAGAGAAAAAGAAAAAGGGGCAACAGAAGCAGAAAGACUCCGCAGAUGGUAAAACAAACCUGCAGCGUUCCAAAACCUUUGUCAACCUUUUCUUCAAGAAAGACCAUAAAGACAAGAGUCGCUCGAGGUCUCCGUCUUAUCAUCCUAAUGAAAAAGAGCGAAGUCGUCCAUUCCAGCUCUUUACUUCCCCGAGGGAAUCCCACGCCGGCAGCCCACUGCCCCAUCAUGAGACGCUGCAGCAUGUGGAGAACAUGUCAAAGAAAUUGCUCAGUCCAGACGAGGUUGCUGCAGUGAUGAGACAUUGUCGGCGGUUUUUGUCUGACAAUGUGAUUGAGGAUUUGGUGCGCCCCCUGCUGGCAAUCUUGGAUCGGCCAGAGAAGCUGCUUUUGCUCAGAGAAAUAAGAAUGCUGAUACCCACGUCUGAGUUGGGUCGUUUUGACAGCCUGGUGAUGCCGUUUGAGCUGGAAGCGUAUGACAUCCUCAAGAGUCGCUCUAUACGCUCGCCGGCUCUUCGGUCACCUCGCAGUGGAACUCCUCGGCGUCACCUCAUCACCCCAAUCCCAGACUACAGAGGUGGAUUUCACCUCCAGCCAGUUCAUGACACACACCAGGAGCGCCAGCUGAUCGAAGACUUCGAGAGACUUCGUCUGGCCAGCCAACAAACUGGUCACCUGCCACCUUCCCGUGCCUUCAUCCCUCUGCUGGAUGUGCCCGUCGAUAACUAUGCGUCUUCCAUUGCGCGCUCACGUACCCCAAGCCCCAGCCACAGUUUCCUCCUCUCUGGAUCUCCACACAACACCCAGCCUGGACGUCAACCUCACCGCUCCCCGAACAGGAGUGAGAAUGGGACACCAAGGUAUGACCAGGUGUCCUUGCUGUCUGUGUCAGACCGUGGAGACGCAGCUCCUGAGCGUGGGAGAUCACCUGUGAGGAGCAGCCAUGGCAGAGGGAGGAGAGAGGGGAGUCCUGACAGCAUCUACGGCAGACAGAGCAGGCAGGACGGCUACACUGAGGUCAGUGUGCGGGUUCCCUCACAGCGGAGAGGGAGAACCCCUCUAGCUGAUGUGUUUGAUCCCCAGAGAGAGAGAAGCCCCUCCUCACGCCGAGGGAGUGGCCUGCAGGUAAACGGACACUUUCAAAAUGGUCAAGAAAGAAGAGGAACUCUACCAGCUGAGGAGUAUGAAAUCAUGACACUCACCAUCUCCAAGGCCAAGCAAUCGCUAGGUAUUAGCAUCUCUGGGGGUAUCGAGUCUAAGAUCCAGCCUGUAAUAAAGAUUGAGAAAAUAUUUCCAGGAGGAGCUGCCUCUACAAAUGAGGCUCUGAAGGCAGGGUAUGAGCUGUUGUCCGUCGACGGCGAGAGUCUGCAGGGAGUAACUCAUCAGCACGCUGUGGACGUCAUCCGCCGUGCCUUCAGCAACAAGGCCAAAGACCCGAUGGUUUUCGUGGUCAAGGUCCCGAAGGUUCCCCUCGUCCCCCCGGAGCUGUGAGACCUGCUGAGUGGACGCUGUGCGCCUCGCCAGCAGACUGCUGCCGAAGCAUAAAAGACAGUGAAACCUGCAACUCCUGAUGGAAACAAAGUGAAUCAAGCAGAUUGUAGUAAAGUUUGUUAGAAACCCUUUUUUGCCACAUCAACAUGUGAGAUGAAGUCCAACAUGUGUGACUUUUAUAACAUUUUAUUAAAUGCAUUUGCUAUAGAUGUUUUUUUUUUUAUAAAGUAUGGUUUAUGACAAGAUUAUUUGAUUCAUGCUUUAGCUCUUGGUUGACUGUGCCACUGUUCCAACAGGCCUAUCCGUGACCUCAGCACUGUCUGACAGUGGACUGCACUUUACUCUCCUCAGCCCAGCAGCCCUCGCAAAAACCGCCAGACAGAGAUUAUCCCUGCUUGUGUUAUGAGACUUAUAGAUUCAUAUCCAGAUUAAAGUCCUGUGUUAUGUCAAAACCGAGAGUUUGAUUUUAGUGAAAGUCUGGGAUAAUUAAAAUGUUCUGCCCCGUAUUUUUAUGCAUAUUUUUUUUUCUUCUUUUUUGGCAAAUUUUUUGUGCUCUGAAGCAAUCCGCCACUUUAGAGGCUUAAUUACAGCUCGCUUUGGUCAAAGCUUAUGCAGGCAUGAAAAGAAGAAGGAAAUCACAUCACAGGGGAAAGCAGGACUUGGACGCUGGUGGUAUGGUUUAAAUCAGAGCAAGGGAGCUCAGAUAAGAGCAGGAGGAUGUGCUGUGCAUAGUGCCUUAUUUCUGUGGGAGGAUAACACUGAUAAAGUAUUACUCAUAAGUGGUUCUGAGGUGAAGGCUUCAUGACCGCAGAUGUGGUAGAAAUGUAAGGAUGGAACUCGUGUCUCAAUGUUUUUGAGUUGCUACUAAAUACAGAAGUAGUUUUUAAAACUUUGACCUUAAACCAUAGAUUUUUAAAUUUCCUUUACAGAAAUAAAGAAAUAAACCACCACAAGAGGUACUGCAAGAUAUGUGAUGUUUGAACUACUAACACUGAUACCUAUUAAGACUAAACAAGAAGUCUGUAAUAUUAGAUCAUAUUUCUCAACAACAUAUAGUUUUUUUGUGCUGACACAAAAUAACAAAAUAAUAAUUUAAGUGGGUUGGAAAAACCUCAAGCACAACUAUACGGCAGACUUCAAAGGAAAAAUAACAUAUUUAGGACGCUUUAUGCAUUUUCUUGUGUCCCAGGUAACAUAAACAAUUACUCCACUCAUUUUUACGUUGUGACCACUUGCUCUUUAAUUAAAAACACUGUAAUUUGUACAUGUAUUGUACACAUAAAAAUAUACACAAACAGCUACAUACUUUAUUGAAUUAAUAACACACAGAAAGUAAAAAUACAAAAAGAAUGCUCACAAAAGGAUGAAAAAUGCCACAAAAAUGUAAAAACAACCCCCCCGCCAAAAAAAAAAA